AUGGAUGCUUCUUUUCAAUGUUCCUCUAGCCUUAAAUGCGAGUUAAGCAUCAUAAGAGCUAAAAAUAUUGAGUUCAAGUCUUCAGGACACUUGUUUGUGAGAUGCUAUCUUUCAGCAGGAAACAACACAAGAGUCCAACUCAAUACCAAAGAAAUCUCAUCCAAAUCUGAUUUGUUUUGGGAUGAAUUUUUUUCACUGCAGUGCCAAGGAACUGAAGAUGCCAUCAACUCCUUGAGGCAAGGGAACGUUGUCUUCGAGUUGAGAUGGAGAAGCACUAAACCAAUUCUUGGAAGACUUACCGGUGGAUCAAAAAUCUUGGGAAGAGCUGAAAUUCCCUGGAAAAAUGUUUUUGAAUCACCAAACAUGGAAAUUGAGACAUGGGUUCGGAUGAAUUCAAAGAAUCCAUGCUUGCAUCAAGAUGUCAAGCCCCCCUCAGUGCAGGUCAAGGUGAAAGUUGGAGUUCCAGAGAUGACUAACGAAAGGAGGUGGGAUCAUUCAUGUGGUUGCAACGACAGUAGAUGUCAAUCUCUUGAUUAUGUUGAUUAUGACUACUUUGCACUUGGAUUUGCUCUAGAGGCCUUGUAG